UAGUUACUGUUUUUUAUUGUUUUAUUGUGCGCUACAUUUUUCUAAAUAAAAUCAUUCCAUAAAUUGUACACUUAUUACACUUCCCGUUGAGUUUAUGAACUCCGGAUGAUAAUUACUAAAAAUGCGCGGAGUUUUUACUAAAUGCAGUUUGAUUGUCAACCGUGCAACCGGUUUAGGGUUCAACCGAUUCUCUUCUUACUGCACGAUCAUAAUUUUAUUCAAAAAUUUACCCUCAAAUUCCCUGUCAUAAACAUAUUUUGGAUUUUCGAUUUUGAUUUAGAUUUGAUUUCCGAUGGAUCGAUUGUAAUAUCGAUGUAUCCCUAAAUUUCAUAUUUGAUUUUCUCAAAAUAUUAGUUAUGUUCAGUGAUGUUUAGAAUAUCAACGAGAUAGGUUCAAAACAGUAAAAUGACGAGUUUACACAUCUUGCUGAUAAUUCUAAUUCCUGGAGAACUUAACGCCAGAUUUAAUACGAGGCUGAACAGCUUUCUCCCGCCCCCAACCCCAUCUAGCGGCUCAAGUCCGAAGUUUGUUGAAAUCUCCAAUUAUUUACACAAACAAGUUGAAAAGGUGUUUGGCUUGAAUAUGCCGAAUUUUGAUACAGUUGGCAACCAGGAGGGGAAUACCAGGGUCAAUGACCAGGCAGAAACUUUAUCUCAAUUGCCCUGGAAAACUGAAGAAGAAAAAUACAAAAUCGUAAAUAAGGGGGUUCAAGGACAGAAUGGUGUGGGAACGGUGGAAAAAGAUGAAGCUAAAAAUAAGGAAGAAAGAAUAAAAAACAAAUUCAAAAAAAGUUUGAAAAGUGAUUCUAGCAGUAAACAGGGGUUUCAGAAGAAACCAUCAAACCUCCAAACAAGUUAUAUACAAGAUUACCUUUCAAAAGAACAGGAUCACCAUGAAAGAAAGCAAAUAAAGAAAGACGACCUUCCUUUACCAAGAUUGGAAGAUUUAUUAGAAGGAAAAAAAGACCCGUUAACAUCGGCGGAGAGUAAUUUAUCAAAUUAUCAAACUCCUUCAUUCAACUUUCCUUUUAAUGGUGACUGGUCCAGCUACCCUAGUGACCGGUCCAGCUACCCUAGUGACCGUUCCAGCUACCCUAGUGACCGUUCCAGCUACCCUAGUGACCGUUCCAGCUACCCUAGUGACCGGUCCAGCUACCCUAGUGACCCAUUAUAUAAAUACAAGACCGCGUUCAAGUCUCCAGAGGAAACUCCGGGUGCGUUGCAACCAAUGCCAGAGAAACAAGAUCGGAUCUCACAAUUUAUUCGAGAGUUAGAACAAUCAGAGUUCGGAAGGGAACCAGGGUAUCAAGCUGAACCCGGAUAUAAAGCAGAACCUGGAUAUCAAGAAGAACUUGGAUAUCAAGAGGAACUCGGAUAUCAAGCAAGAUCUAUAGAUGAUCAUUUUGAAUUAGAAGAUCAGGAUCAUGGGUCUACAACUUAUAAAGGUAUCAAGUCUCCACUGCUGGACCGUGUCGGACAGGUUGGAUCACGGUUGUCUGAGACUGUUCUUCCAAAAGAAGUAUAUUAUGAUCUAGCCAAACCUUCAACUACAGAACUGAACCUGGCAGAACAGGAUCUACGGCGUAAGGAAAGAUCUCACUACGCUAGUCAACGAAUACCUCGAAAAACUCCAAUUUACUUCAAUGGAAAUAAUCUUGUGCAAGAUAAAGAUGAGAAGAGGAAGGAAUUCUCUCCGCAGCUCCUUCUUUCUCCUGGUUACAAGAUGGAUUUCAUUGAACCUGAAAUCUUGGAUCCUGAACGCUUCCCGUCUACAGAUUAUGAUGAGGAUAAACCUUAUCGAAAUGAAAACCAGGAUUAUCAAGCAUCCUCAUCCUUGGUCCCUCCACCCUCUCCUAGUCCAACUUAUUCUCUUCCUUCUCAAUACUCACAGUUAUCUCCAGAUCAUUCCGACCAUAAUCCGUCCCCACCUAAUCCUUCCCUACCUUUCCCGUCUUAUCCAGAGAAAUCCAGACCUUUCCAGUCUUUUCCGGACCGAUCCAACCUUCGACUGUCUUAUCCUACUCCUGCUUCUGCUCCUUCCUAUCCCGAGCCUGCUUUGUCCUAUCCCACCCCUUCUCCGUCCUAUCCUACUCCUUCUCCGUCCUUUCAUACUCCUUCACCAUCCUAUCCUUCUCAUUCUCCGUCCUCUCCUACUCAUUCUCCGUCCUAUCCUCAUCCUUCUCCGACCUAUUCUACUCCUUCUCCAUCCUACCCUACUCCGUCUCCAUCCUAUUCUACUCCUUCUCCGUCCUAUCCUACUCCUUCUCCGAUCUAUCCAACUCCUGCUCCGACCUAUCCUACUCCUGCUCCGAUCUAUCCUACUCCUGCUCCGACCAAUCCUGCUCCGACCCAUCCUACUGCUCCGUCCCAUUCGUAUUCCCGGAGAGAACCGAACCAGGAUUACAAACAACAUGAACGGCAAAGUUUUGCAUCGAAUUCUAACACUGAUCCAAGUUCAUUUGUCCAGGAUUUAUUAAGUGGGGUCACACAUAGAGAUCAUGGAUCUUAUUAUGAAGAUGCAGGAAAGGAUUCAUAUGUUGAAGAGGAAAACUAUAAAAGUUUUGAAAAUGUGAACGAGGUAACUGAACCCUCUGGUUAUGGUAUAAAACUUCAGGAAGAAAUAGACCAAAAAUUCUAUUCAAAAGGAGGGGAUAAAGAAAGAUAUAGCAAGGAGUAUAUUUUUAAUCCUCAAAAGUUUCGAUACCAGAGUAGAGCUCCAGGACUCGGAGAAGCCUUAUCCAACCUACCCAGGAGACACAACCCGGAUAACAGCUAUAUCCGGGCAUACAGAUCUCCAAUUUAUUCAACCAACCCGGAGCAAAAAUACUCAUUCUCCGAACAUCAAACUCCCGAAUACAAUCAUCCUAAUCAGUAUCCGUCCCACCCUUACUCACAGUCAUACACGGAGCUAACAAAAGACCUGUCUAUUGAACCAACAGAAAAAUCUCCUUCUCCCCAUUUUUCAUUUUCUCACCCCCCUCAUCCUUCUCCUAUUCCAGGUGAAACAUAUCCUUCUCUUCCUUCUCCUCCUUCUUCUUUUCCAACCCGACCUACUCCUCAUUCAUUCUAUUUAUCCAAUAAUAAUCUCGAGGCCUACAUAGAUACUUCUCCAGAACCUGGCUAUUCAAGUAAGUAUCCUGAACCACCAGGAGAAGAUACAAAACCUCUACGGGAAUCGACCAGAUCCUCCAGGUCCUACUCAAACACUGAGAAAUCCUUCGAAUCAUCGCAAGCAAUUGUCCCAGCUUUGUAUCCUACUCCUGUACCCUACAAUCAUAUAAACUCCGACCCUCAGUACGAUGAACGGUUUAAUUCUCCUUUUCAACGCACUCCAUCAUCCAUAUCUGGUCCAACCUUGAGUCCUUACAACCAACCCAACCAAGGUUCAGAUAUUAAUACUUUAAACCAACUCACCGGUAUCUACCCCGCUCCCAAUCCUCACUCCUAUCCGUCCCCGACAUAUGCUUCCUAUCCUAGAUCCAUUCCGGAGUCUUCAAAUCCCAUAUCCGUCUACCCUGCUUCUAACACAACCCCCUAUCCUUCUCCUGCCCCAACUCCAUAUACGGAUAGUACAGCGGACACAUACUCCAGUUCUGAGAAACACUUACUCAAUUCUAAACCGUACUCCAGGUCCAACUCUAAAUUGGCUGGAGAUAAAUCCUUCACAAACCCAGUGUCUGGGUACAGUGUAGGUGUGCAACAUGGAAGAGGUAGCAGUUACCAAAAAUUUACAAAUUAUUCUUAAAAAUUAUUAUAUCAAAUAAUAAUGACAUUUUUUUAAUUUUUUCGUUUCUUGGUCAGAAGUUCUGAUAACUACCAAAUAUUUAAUGAACAAUUUUAAAUUCGAACAAAUGUCGGAUUCGAUAUUAAUUUUUACUUUUAUAACAAAUAAUAAGAAAUGUCUAAGCCGAGUGCAUUGGAGGUUAAAAAGAAGAUUUAUUUUUUUCU